CUGGGAGACGGCGUGUAUAUUUAAACAAAAUAUGUAUUUAACCUUUUUGCUUGCAUUAUAGAGACCCAUGUCUGGUUUCUACCUUUAUAUAUUUGGCUACGUUUUAAUGUGUUUAAGUUCCCUCUAAAUCUGGCUCAAUAUUGUAAACAAAAGCUGACAAAAUCAUAAAAACCACAUCGUCAAAAACCACAUAGUGAACUAAUCUGACAAUGAUCAAAAUUAGGAAGUUUAAAAAUGAUAGCUUGCUGGCUCUUGAUUGUAUGUUUACAAAAUUAACUACAAUGGAUUGCAGAAAAACUGAAAACCUCUUUACUUUCAAUCUUCAUUUUUUAGUGUACUCAAGUUUGAAUUUUACUUUAUUGUAGUUAAUUUUUUUGUCUGAUCUGGCCCCUGACAGGUACCCCAUAUAUGAAGGAGUUAAAUUAACAAAAGGAGAGUAAUUUUUAAUGAUUUGGGAUUUUUUUAAUUCUGUGGAAAUGCAUUCGUGUUACAUGUGUGACAGGCAAGCCGAAUUUUAGAAAUUACGUCUACUUGGUAGGAAAAGUAUUGAAAUUUCAUUUAUAAGGUAAGUACUUUAUUAAAACAAGGAUUUUGUAAAAAAUAUUUAAACAACAGACUUCAUUGUGGGCAGAAGCGCCACACGAGCACUGCGCAUGCUCUCCUUCCAUCCCGGAAGUUUUGAAAUCUGUUAUGGUCAGCCCAAACUUCCAAGUGUUUUCUGUUACAUCUGUGCGCGUGUUUUCAUGUCCUGGAUAUGUCCUGAAUCUUAUCUUUUCAGUCCUGAGUGAUUUAACAACCGAUCGGCUGUCACAGCAGGUAGGUACUAUGCCCAAACAUGUCUAACAGCAUGGCUUGUUUUGACCUCAGCUGAACUUUCGCUUCUGUUUAAUUGAUUAACUAGAUGAAAAACAGUGGAAACGUCGUGUAAUCCAGAUUCAAUUCCCCAGAAUAAAUCCCCGUUAUUGUCCCCUGGACUGAAUAUUACCAUCUCGUUCCUGUAUAAUUACCAAUAGAGCCCCCAGUUGCCCGGGUGAAGUUUCCUCCAGUCCCGCCUGCUGAGGAGAUGUCCGGCUUCGACCUGGUCCCGGUGGACGGCGGACAGACUAUCCACCUGUCGCCGGGGGAGAACGUGCUGGGCAGGGGUCCUCUCUUGGGAGUGAGUCCAUUGCUUACUUUUCUUAAGUUUUUAUUGACUCCCGGUUCAUUUAAUCCAGACAGUAUCGAUUAGAAAAUAAACGGGUCUGUAUUUUAAUUAUUACAUAUAUUUAGCUAUGUUUCUACCAAAUCCCAUCUUGAGUAUAUUUAAUUUAAGGUGUUUGUUUGUAUUUCUCUUUUUUUUUUUUUUUACUUUAAUAAGAUAAAUCUUCAAAUGUUAUGUGAAUGAGUUGGUAUUUCUUUUUAGUUCGGUUAUCAUAUGGGGCAUACAUUUCCUGAUUUUAAUGUGCAAUUAUGUCUACAUUUUAUUUGAUCACACGGCUUGCUUUGGUUCCUCUGUGAUCCAAGUGAUCAAAUUGUUUGGGUUUGAUUGAAUAACACUUCGAGACCCCUGUGUUUCUUUUAUUUAUGGUGAUUAGAAAAUAAACUUUAAAAAAAAAAUUGGUCAACUUAGAUUCUUAUAUGGCAAAUCCCACAUGACAGGAGCAUGAAAUUAAUUAUGGAUAGUGUAAUUCAGUCCAAGCUAGCGGCAGGAGUACAUUUAAGCUGGAAAUGAAACAUAUACAAACGUAAAACUCCAGCAAGUACUGUCACUUGAUUGGAGUUAGACAGGACAUUUGCCAAAAACAGCCUUUGUUUACAUUUUCUGUCGCAUACUUACAGUGAUAUAUUGGACUGUUUUUAGAAGGCGAUUUUUUUACUCUUAACACAGAAAAAAAAUCAGAAAACACAGCCAAAUAAUGAGAUAAAAGAUAUCACAGUGUCCUCAGGGUCUGGGAUGUUGUAUUCUAGACUUCUGAGUUAUUGAAUGCUUGGUUCCAGAGCGCUUGCUUCAACAGUCCUGUGUUUUGGAUUGUUCGAUUUUAGAAUCCCUGGUCCUGUAAGCUUUUAGAGCACUGGAUUCCGGAUUGUGGGAUUCUGAAAUGCUGGGUUCAAGAAAGGCUGGAUCUCGGACUGCUGGUUUACAGAAUGGCCAGCUCCAGAAUGCUGAAUUAUUGAAUGCUUGAGUCUGAAAUGCAGGCUUCCAGAAUGCUGGAUUUUGAACAUUCAUACCACAUCAUAAUCAUAAAUCAGUUCUGCACAGACUGUGUUGGAUUUUCCUGAAAUUGUGAUUCUUUACACAAUUUUUUUUUUUUUUUUUUACCAACAUUUGCAUUGGAAACUUUUUUUCGCAGCUUUUGUUAGAUAAAGACAAACUGGUCAAGAUCUUCUCACUUGGUUUUUAUGUUCACAUUCAUUGACAAGACAACUUUCUUAAGACAAGCACAGAGGUUAACUUGGAAGUGAGCAGAGGAGCUGCAGAUCUGCUUUCAGACCACCGGAGGGACUCUGUCACUCGGGUUAUAAGGAGGCAGCUGCACUGGUUCUGACAAAAGAUCUGGGGUUUAAAGGUUCACACAGUUAUCUUUGAAAUACUUAACCAUCAGAGCUGAACUCAUUGCUUUUUUUAAUGUACAUCUGAGUUUAUGAAACAUCUCUGCUUCUGUAAAUUAGGCCCACUUGUACUACCACUCUCAUCUCAUGUAAGAAGUAUUUGUUGGAUUGAAUUGAUUUGCAUUUGUGCUGUUAGUGUCAUGUUUUAUUCUCCAUAUGCUCUCAGAUCAGCGAUAAGAGAGUUUCCAGAAACCAUGGGCUGCUGGAGAACCUCAACGGUCAGCUGCAUCUCAAAGCGGUAAGUUAUUAAGGCCUGAGCAUGAUUCUGUCUUUGUUUCCGUCUUUCUGUCUUUGUUUCUUUCUCUCUCUCUCUCUCUCUCCCACCUUUCUCAACAGGCAUGCAACAUGCAAAGGACUAUAAGCUCCGUUUAAGGGACUGUGCACUAUGAAGUGAACUGAACUGCACCCUAUCAGUGUUUCACUAAAACGUUUGUGAUCUUUCCCUACAAAUAAUUUCAAUAGUGAGACCACUUUUUCUGUCCUGAGGGCUGAUUUUGUCAAUAUGGUCAGAAAAGAUUGCACAGUGUUAAAGACAUGAAUCAUAGUUGGCUCUGCUAAUUAUCCACACUGUGUAAUUAAUCAAACUAGAAAAUCAAUUCAAGCAUCAACAUGUGUCAAACAAUCUUUAUAGAGUCGUCAACACUUCUCAGUCACAACAAUUCUUUCAUUUUUAAACAUAAUGUUGAAUCAAUGGCACCAAGGAUGUGCUGCCCUGAUUUAAACCAGAAAAUUUAGCAGCACCGCUGAUAUUCUUCACACAGAAGCCUGAGGAUAUAAGGCCACGUCAGUGCUUCACUCCUGCAUUAUAAAACUAAGAAAAUCAAAAUCCUGUCAGGGUUUCUACUUUUCUUGAUACAGACAUUGUAGCUUCAUUAUCUGAAAGUCUGAGUAAACUCUGAACGUGCUCUCUCAGUAUCUUAUGGUGGUAGCUUGGCUACAACUGGAAUACUUUUCUGGUCUCAGUUUACAAGCACCUGGCAAGAAUGGACUCACUGGCCAAAUAUGGCCCAGUGAGUGAUGGUAUGUCCCCUUUCAGCUCAUUACUACUGGGUCAUCUCCUGGUUGACCUUUUUACGUCAUACACCAAAAAAAAAAUGGAUGGAAUAUGCAGCUUUAGAGCAACACAUUUAUGCUGUUCAACUUCUGCCAAAUGUCCAAAUAAAAAUGAGGUUAUCAUGAUAAAAAAGGAAGACAACACUUUGCCCUUUUAUGUAAUCUUAUAGUUCAAAUUGGGACUAACUUGAAAGACUUAGAUUUGUUAUUUUUUGGUUCUUUUAAUUUUCAGACCCACCUGAACCCAUGCUUCAUUCAGCACUCUCUUACUGAUGACCCCCAACCUCUUAAGAAAGGCUCGUGGUACCCUCUUCAUCAUGGAGAUUUUUUCUCUCUGCUGCCUGGACAGUUCAUCUACAAGGUGGUGGCUGUGGGUGAGGGAGACAGCACUCCCAGGUAAGAAUGCUCUUUUCAUCUUAAUACUACUCUCCAAGAUCAAGACGUGAAUCUCAAUCAGCGCCCACAAUGUCCCUGUGAAUAAAAAGAUGGAGGAGGCUGCUCUCCGCCGUUUAAUCAAAGCCUUAUCUUUUAUCUGAGCAGAGCAGACAGUGCGGGGGUUGGUCAGGAGAGGGUCUGAUUUAAGUGUUUUCCAUUGGCCCAACUGAAAGCCAACUUUAGGGAUAAUGCUGAUUGUUGUAGCGUUUGGGCUAUUCCCUUAUUUAUCUUAAGGUUACUGUCCCGUCUGUCCUCCUGAUGGGGGCUCCUUGUUUGAAGUUCAGAUCAAAUAGACAGAAAAGGAGCCUCCAGAUGAUAAGCAAACCAUCAGAGACUCAUGUUGAAUUUAGAACAAACAUGCAGUUCAAAUCAAAGCUGCAGAAACACAUUUUUAUGGGCUCCUGGUGCUCCUCUUUACAUUCUGGGCUUGGUUACUUAUAUUAAAUCAUAUUGGGUCAAAACUACCAGAUUAAAGCUACUAUGAAGAGUUUUUGAUUGAUGCUGAAACAGAGUGAAACUAAAACAGAUGCCUCUAGACGAGCCGCAAAAGCAGAUCAAACCAUUGCAAAGAAUUUAGAUUAUUUCUACAUAGUUAAUAUUCAUGCCUGAAAGCACACAAGUGUAGUAGCUUUGUGCGAUUUACAGCUAUUAAGAUCUCCUUAUUUAGCUUAUUCAAGCAGCUGUGAAAACCCUCAUCUCAGCACUAUGUAGCCUCCGCCUGAAAGGCUUUGUUUUGGCUGAUUUUAUUCUGAUAUAAAGUGAGACACAACUUGGGGUGUUACUUUUUACACAAAGUAAAAAAAAAAACAGAUUUAUGCCUUUACAAAAAGUUAAAGGUCUUUCAGGAUUUCUAAAAUAUUAACUGUAUACAGACAUAAUCGGUAAUUAUUAUCAUUGUAAAAGGAAAAAUUACAUUGUUCAGUAUCAUUAUUAUAUAUUCAAAGUUUUGAAUGUUAAUCUUCAAAAAUCAAAUUACUUAUCCAUGGAUUGAAGAAAGUAGAAUUUCAAAUUUAAAUCAUUCUGAUUCAGAUCAAACCUGGUCCAGCUUGAAAUUCUAGGUUAUUACUUUGUCAAACCCCUCUUCCUCCAGAAACAGUCAGAUGUUAGAAGAAGAAGAGGAAGUCCCUGGUCCACCAAAGCCAGAUGAUGAGCGACUGCUUCCUCCUCCAAAUGACAGAGACCAGAAACAGAGUUCACCUCAGGAGGAGUCAAAAGCAUCAGUGCCAACAAACCAGGAGGAAGAUAGGAGUCCAGCCAAAAGUUUAAACAAGGUUUGCAGACUUUAAGGGAUAUUCGGCGUAAAAUUAAUUUAGGGUCAAACACACCAUAACACUGAGUUAGACACCCUCUUGAGAGAUGAAUGUUGCUGACCGCUUGCUUCUCUACUUAUACCAACUUUUGUAAUGGACGCACAAUAGCAAUACACAGUGGUCAAGGGAGCCACACACAAACCUCAACCAAAACGCCACCUCAACCACAUUUCUUCAUGGAAAUGCAAUCAGACCGAGACGCUAAGGCAGAAGAACUACCGCGUCUGCAGUGCAAAAUGAUUAAUAUGAUGAUUAUUACUUCAAGGAAUUGAUAAAGUAAUGAUCAUAAAUGUUCUUCCUUGAGCUGCGUCCCCCCACUGCAGUCAAUGAUGGACCAGUCCGAGGUCUUGCUACAAACAAGGGGUUGCUGGAAGAGAGUAGGUGAGUUGUGUUUAAUCUCCUUGCUAAAGAAAUCAAGCAAAGCUAGAAAGAUGUUUGGUGGCUAGUGCUGGGACCCUAUAUGUACUGUUGAUGAAGUUAGGUGCUGUUCUGAGCAUUAUUUGUGGCUAUAGAGUGGUGUUUUGGUUGAGGUUUUCGUGUAGAGACAUAGACCGCUGUGUAUUGCUAUCAUGCGGUCCUUACUAAAGUUGGUAUAACUAAAGAAGCAUGUGGUUGGCAACAUUUAUCUCUCGUGGGGUGUCUAACUCGGUGUUACGGUGGGUUUGACCCUAGAUUAAUUUUAUGCUGAAAUAUCCCUUUAAAUCUAAAUAUUUAAAAGCAAAGCGGCUGUUGAAAAUAUUUGUCACAUAACCAGCAUAAAACAAUUUGCGUUUAUGUUAAAUGCAGGCAGACUGGGCUCCAUCCAAAGAACUGAAGAGUGACCAUAGUGAUGGUGCUCCAUCCAUACAAAGGAAGAGAGUUUUACCUGCAUGGAUGAUUGGGGCUGCAUCCUCCUCCUCCUCUAGCCCUAAAGGUAUCAUGUUCAUGUUUCCUGUGUGGUAUACCAUAAAAAAGAACAAUUUGGUUUUUUUGAGCUCUCCUUAAAGUUAUAUUAUUCCUGUUUUAGCUCAGACACCUGUAAAGAAAGGUAAAGCAUUAGCUGCAGCUUCAACCAGCACCAAACAAGCAGCAGCCAAAAAGGCAACACCUGCUAAAAAGGCCACACCUGCCAAAACCUCUUCACCUCAGGAGGCGGAGCUUAGCACAGAAGAGCAACCAAAGAAGAGGAAAAGGAAGAUGAGUGAUGAAGAAGAAAAAGCUCAGUCUAAAACAGUUAAGUACCAUCAUGAGUGACAAACAGACACAGCUGCUACAUCACUCUUUACAAACGCAUCAGACUACACUGAGAAUAACAGAACUAACAAAACAUGCGAGUCGCUGUUCCACAGAUGUCCCAAUUUAUUUGUGUUAUUGUGUGAGUUUUGUUUCCGAUAUUGGAUGUAUCCAACGCAAUAUUCAAGUAACAUAAAAUACACAUAUUUUUAAGUUUCAAUAUAAUACUCUUGUAACUUCAGAUUUCAGAAAAAAAAGAUAGGUGAAGCAGUGUUAAACCAACAACUCCCUUGUAAAAUUGGAUAAACCUACUGCUUUUGUAAAUAGAGUUUAUUGGCUCUGACGAUGUGGAUGAUAUUUGUUUAUCUUUAAAAAAAACAGAAUCUAUUGAAAAGGUUGGAUGGAGUUUUCUAAAACAAGGGAAUUGCUGGUUUACCUUUGUACAGAAAAUUGAGUUAUUCAGCCUCACAUGAGUAUUGUUUUAUAUCUGAAAAUAGCACCCCACAAUAACCCCACAAAACCAAAGAUUCAAGGCAGUGGUAGACAAGCCACUCCUGUGUCCUGCAGUUAAAAUUACUGUUUCAAUAACAGAGUUUGGUCGGGAAAAGGAACCUACUUUCUAACAAGAGGUUUUUCUCUGUAGGGAUCCUUUUGCCAAAACCCCAAAAUACUGCCAAGAUAACAAGUAUACAUGGGUCUUCUUUUUCCUUAAUAUCAAUCAGGCUUGUUCUCCAUUUGCUCUGAAAAUUGUUGUUUAUAUAUUUUAAAUCCUUGUAAAACUCAUCAAGGGAUCAUUCUCAACAUAUUAGAAGAAAGAAUCUAUAGGUGAGAUAUUUUCAAAAUGUUUGAACAAUAUGGUUGAAUGAAUUCUGUUUGCGUUUGGUUGUUGACUCAGCGGCCCUCUGCUCAGCUUCAGACUGAACGUAAAGGGUCAGAGGUUAGCGACGAGUCUGAUGGCUUCACCAUGGAGGUGGACGAGGACGGACAAGGAGGGAAGGCAUCUACAUCUUACACAAACACCGUGACUCAGACUGCAACAGUCACCAAGUCUGAGGAAGAGGACAAGAAGGUGAAGAACGGAGGACAAACAUGUGAACGAGCAGAGUCUGCGGGGUCCAACAGCAGCAACCCUCCCCUCAGAACGCCAUGUCCAUACGGGAAGGACUGCUACAGGUACGGACUCUGCACCCAGUGGGAAAAUUAAGUUGAAGGAUGGUUGGUGGUUUAUUUCAAGUCCUGCCAGAGAGCUGUCCUUUGAUGUUUUCAUAUAAAUUCACUCAAAACAAAGAUGGGAUGAAGGGCUCUUGAGCUGAUGAACAGACCCUCAAUCAGUUUCUCAAAUCAGCCACCUUCAUUUAGACUCACUGCUGCUUUAAUGCUCUCUGAUUUAGGAUCAAAGGAGGUUCUGCUUAAAUGUCUUAAACUGUCUUUGUUGUAAAGCACCUUAAACAGCUCAGUUAAUAUGAAUCAGCAGUAAAGCCGGUUUAGAAGAGAUCAGACUUACCUGCCUUGAUUGAUUGAGCUUGAUUGAUUGAAGAUCUCUCGUCACCCCUUUGUUUUGUUUCUUAGGAAAAACCCACUCCAUUUUCAGGAGUGCAGUCACCCUGGAGACACCGACUAUGGAGAGGAAGAGGAGGCGGACGAGGCAGAUUUACCAGAGUGUCCCUAUGGUACCGACUGUUACAGGUAAGACAUCACAGCCAAGGCUUCAUUACAGGCUGAUAAGAGACAGAAAGGCAUGAUGGGAAACCUGAUGAAGCUCAUGCUAACAGCAAAGAAUGUUGGAGUUAACCCUAGGACGUUUGUUGCAGCUUUCUCCUGUCAUUUCCUGGCUUCUCUCAGAUAACAGAUUUUUUUAAGAUUCCAAGAUCAAACUCAGAGUUCUGACUUGGAUCAAAAAAUUCAAACUCUGAUCUAGAUGCUGGCUUUGAUGUAAAACUUGUGGAAAAUGUAUGUAGGACACAGCAAAUCACAGCGACUUCAUUGUACAGAUGUAAAAAUUUGUACAUCUGACAAACAGAAUUUAGACCACAGUCUUUAGAAGCGCCCCCAAACUCUCCUUUCCCUCACUCUUUAUGCUGGGGAGAGUAUUCAUCAACAUAAUAUGUGUGCAUUUCAAGUGUGAGCCAUAAUACAUAUGAAUCAAAGAUGUGAGUCUCGUCUCCAGUCCCAUGAACAUGAUGUCUGGGAAAUCGUCCAAGAACAUAAUAUCUCACAAUGUUUGGAGACAAUGUGACAUUAACACUUCUGGGAAUGCACAGUCAAACUUUCCUGGUAACCACCUGACAUUACAAACAUCCAUACUUGGUAUAACCAUCAGGACAAACAAUUGCACUUUCAACCACAAACUCUGACUUGGUUAUCCGUUUACUGAAUUUGCUCAAGUACUCUGACUUUGAUCCAGAAAUGUAACUCUGAUCUUUACUUAAGACUUUAGUCGAAAAUUUCUAAAUUUCAGCUGCCAAUUCAGACCAAUUCUUAAUUUGGUCAAAAAUCUUAUCCAGAAUACUGACUGUGGUCUAGAAUUCCGAUUGACCCUGAGCUCUGACGUUGAUAUUAGAUUUAAAAUUUAAUCUAGAUUUUAACUUUUGAUCCAGAAUUUCCACUUCGAUUUAGAGUUCUGUCUUUGUUUAGAGUUUCUGAUUUUGUUGACUUGCAUCUUGACUUUAAUCUUUGAAUUCUGACUUUGAGAAUUCUGGUUAGAUUUAGAAUGCCCACUUUGACCUGAAUAGUCUCACUUUGAUGAUGAUCCUGGAAUAUGGCUGUAGAAUUCUGACUUGACCCAGGAUUCAGACUUUGAUGUUUAAAUCCUUUAUUGAGCACAGAAUACAGACUUUGAUGAAAGUAAUCUGUGCUCAAUCUUACAAUUAUGAAAUUCGAUCUAGACUUACGUGUUUUUGAGUUAUGGCUAUGUUCUGGGAUUCUAAGAAUUUUUUUGAAAGAAACUGUCAAACCUGGUUUAAAACGGCCUCAGAAGACACUUUUGAAAAUUGUCUCAUGUGCAUGAAGAUGUGUCCUUUUGAUUUCCUGAUCACUUUCCUACUCCUCAGAGAAUCAAAUCUUCUAAUGAUACAUAUAUUUGAGGACACAGUUUAUAUCUGUACUUCCACUUUUCUAAUUAAACUUGUUUAUUGGCGUAAAUAUUUUUACACACCUGGUUGUUUUGACUUGUUUCUCCAUUACAGGAAGAAUCCUCUUCACAGGAAGGAGUACAAACACACAAAGAAACCAGGUAGAUAGUUUUUGCUCUCUUUUUUUAUUCAUGCGAGCUAUUGGUAUCUUAGCCAACCCCUAAGUGGAAACUGCAAGGAUAUUUCAGGACUCUUACAGAAGAAACUACGAGGAGAGCAGACACACAAGCUAGGCUUCAGUUUUCUGCAGACAAGGUUGACUCUACUAUGUAAUUUAGCCAAUUUUGAGAGACCCUGACCCAAGCACUCAACUGAUUUCAGGUGUGUGUUCUACCAGGAAGUUUUUCAUCACUUGCAAUCACAGAAUUUUCAUCACAGAAAGCCCAUUUGUCUCUGCACUUUGAUAUGGGCACAACAAAGGAAAAGGGUGAAAUAUAACAGUAGCCCAGCAGAGAGCCAAAUGAAGAGCUUUACAAGUGACUUCAUUCACUUGAUAACUUUCAAGGAUAUACCUCCAAAAUUAAAGUGUGAAAACAGAAAGUAACAGUUGUGAUGGAGACGUACAGAACCCCACCCCCCACAAACACACACACACACACACACACACACCCUCCCCACUCCCACAAAGGUUCAAUCUGGGUUCUCUACAGCACAAAAAUUACAUUAGUCUUGGAAAGAAAAAUGAGAAUACUAAAUGUCUAGAAAGAGAUUUUAGCUUUUGAAUAUCUCCUGUUCUUCCAGAUUAAGCUGCAUAUUUUUAGCUGCUAGACACCACAGCCUUGUAGUACCACAGUCAAAAUAAAGAAGAGAAAGACAUUGUAGACCUACAGCUCAAAGUUCUUGUUUGUGUGACUGACAGAGAGAAGGUAAUGCUUCAUGAUCAAUAGUUAAUGUUGCAGUCUUAAAAGCCCCAGACUCCAUUGAUAAGACAGUAAUACAACUUUGUAAAGCAUGGGAGUUACUGGUCUACCACUGCCUGAAUCUAUGUUGCAUCUGCAUGAAACUAUAGUCUAGCUUGUGUGACAGUUCUCUCUGCAGUUUCUUAUGAAGUGGGCCAAGCUGACCUGCAUACUUCCGUUUCUGACACAAAGUCCUCCCUGUGCUGUCAUGGGUGGGAAUGUUAGAAAUCUAGAGCAGAAAGAAACUGUAAAAAUGACCAGGAAUCACAGUAUCCCUUGCACUCUUUCCCUCUCCCUGCCCCUAGAGCUGUUCAGGAGCUAUAAACCUACCAGCAACUUAUUGAUUUUGUCGUAAGCAGGUUGUUUAUUAUUGUCCAGGGGCCCUUUUAGGACAUUUACACCUCCUGGUGUAGAGGAAAUGACCUUGUAACCUAAGCACACACACUUACAUAGACACAUGUUGUUUGAACCUUAACUACAUCUUUCCCCUCCGGUGACUCGCUCUGUUUCAUGAAAUCGUUCACAUUUUGUUCUUUCUUCCAGCCCACAUGACACAAACCCGCCCCAAAAAGCGCGCCACUGCCAAUGAUGAAGAGGAUGAGGAUGAAGAUGAAUACGAGGACAGCUUCAUAAAUGAUGACAGCGAGGAAGAGGACGUGGAGGGAGGUGAUGACUCAGACUACGUCCCUCCUGUCUCGGAUGACAGUGAUAAGGAGGACAUCAGAGCACUGCAAAGAGAGGCUCAGGCCUUCCUGAAGAAGAGGAAAUAGACUCUGCCUCACCUUUGUUGUUUGUUUGGAGGUUUUAGAGCUGCAGAGGAGACUAAAUCACUUGCAUGAGCCACAGGAGGGAGAGCGACCAGGACACACUCAAGAUGACAGGUUACAGGUCUAAAUUUGAAAACACCUUUUUGAUAUAUAAUGGCCUGGAUCAUGUCUGGUGGAUUUUUCUAAGUAAAUCUGACAACCCUCAUUCACUCUACUGAAUAUCUGCUCUUCCAGGGAACUCAAACCUGUCAGUACAGGAUGAAAAACAGUUCUUUAAAAGCUCUGAAGUCUGGGCCAAACGGCCUUCACUUGCAUUUUCUCAAGGAGUAUAGUUUUAAGUGUCAUAGUCUUGGGCAGCUUCUAAAGUAAAGCACCCAGUCGAAUAAUGCAUAAAGCCUUUUUAUGUUUUUAUGGUUGUUUAUCUGUCUUUUUUCUAAAUAGAAAAUACGAACUCUACUGAGGAGAAAAAUACCUUUUAGUAACACUUGAAAAUCCAAAGGAGCACUUAAGAGCAUAGAAAACAAAACUCAAAGCUUUUCUAGUCCUAUAUAAUCAGUAUAAGUUGCUAAAUUUUUUCUUUACACAUGGUGGGGGAGAAAAUUUUAGUAGAUAUUUCCACAAAUUCUGAGGAGCCUAAAUGAUGUAAGCCUGACUGGAUUGUUUGGGUUGGCCUGCUGCAAUAGCUGAGUGCUAAAAUUUCCUCUCCUUAACCAGGUCGUCUGUGAUGAUCCUAAAACACCCGAGAGCGAUAAAAACACUUUUCUCUCAGUUGCCUAACUUCUGUUUACUCUCAUCUUACUCACACAUUUCUGUUAAACUCUGGCAUCCUGCUGCCAGUGUGCGAAACACUGUCAGAUUUGCAGGUGUCACCAUGGCAACCUUGAUCACAACAACCCACUCACACUGAUUUACUCAGAUUUAAGAAUCAACAAAGAAAUGAAAGACUUACUGAAUGUUCCAUGGGGUUACAUUUGAUCAUCUUGUUUUCAUACGAAGCUCAUUCUUUCUUUUUUCUUUGUAAAUAUGCCAUAUGUAGAAGUUAAUUAGAAGGUCUUUUCUACCUUUAUUACUAACAUUGCUAAAAUACAGCUGGUGAAAACCAACAUUUUUCUCUCUUGCCUUCUUUGUGUUGUAAAAAUAUUUUUUUAGAUACACUUUGACUGUUUUUAAAAAAAGCCACCAAAAUAAACAAAUUUAUCAGUCCUAUUUUUUCCUUUUUUAAUUUUCUAUUUCCCUGUCAAAAGUUUUUCAAGUUUUUCCACUUGACAUUUACUCAAUUAUUGUUGAUUAAAAAUGAUUUUAGCUCAGUUCAUUUGGUUAAAUUUGUUCCAAACAGUAAAAUAAAAACAUAAUAAUUUGCACACUAACAACUUCUGCUUUGCUGUUUAAGUUUGACCACAACUUCUUAAUAUUUUAUUAGUUUGCAUAACACAGUGGUCCUCUUCGGUGGCCCUGAAGGUCAAAUGUGCAAAACAUUUCAUUAAAUCCAGUCAUAUAUGCAAAACACU